CAGCCAAGACCCCGGGCAGCGGCGAGUGGCAGCACGCCGGGCAGGGUGCUAGCAGCGGAGCCCGACGCGCGGCCGAGAUCCAUGGGGAGCGGCUGCCGCCGAGGCGGGUCGUGAGGGCGCGCAGCCCGCUGGCGGCCGGACCUGAUUUGAAACAUCAUAGAUUAUUCUAAAAUGGCUGGGUUUUUAUCUGAAUAAGUCAAAGAAGCCAUCCAGGAAGUCGAUAUCAGCUCCUACGAGUCAGAACACAGUUUUGCAGAGGAAACAAGUAACAGAGAAUAGAGCUGCAUUUGAUGAGACAAAUUCAACCCAGGCCAUCAAAAUGAUGCUCAACUCUUCUACCGAAGAUGGUAUCAAAAGAAUCCAGGACGACUGUCCCAAAGCUGGAAGGCACAAUUACAUAUUUGUCAUGAUUCCUACUCUGUAUAGCAUCAUCUUUGUGGUGGGAAUAUUUGGGAACAGCUUGGUGGUGAUUGUCAUUUACUUUUACAUGAAACUCAAGACUGUGGCCAGUGUUUUUCUUUUGAAUUUAGCAUUGGCUGACUUAUGCUUUUUACUGACUUUGCCACUCUGGGCUGUCUACACUGCUAUGGAAUACCGCUGGCCCUUUGGCAACUACCUGUGUAAGAUCGCUUCGGCCAGUGUCAGUUUCAACCUCUAUGCCAGUGUGUUUCUACUCACAUGUCUCAGCAUUGACCGCUACCUGGCUAUUGUCCACCCGAUGAAGUCUCGCCUUCGACGCACAAUGCUUGUAGCCAAAGUCACCUGCAUCAUUAUUUGGCUGCUGGCUGGCUUGGCCAGUUUGCCAGCUAUCAUCCACCGAAACGUAUUUUUCAUCGAGAACACCAACAUCACGGUUUGUGCUUUCCAUUAUGAGUCCCAAAAUUCAACCCUCCCCAUAGGGCUGGGCCUGACCAAAAAUAUACUGGGCUUCUUAUUUCCCUUUCUGAUCAUUCUUACAAGCUACACUCUUAUUUGGAAGGCCCUCAAGAAGGCUUACGAGAUUCAGAAGAACAAGCCAAGAAAUGAUGAUAUUUUUAAGAUCAUUAUGGCAAUUGUGCUUUUCUUUUUCUUUUCCUGGGUUCCCCACCAAAUAUUCACUUUCCUGGAUGUGUUGAUUCAGCUGGGGGUCAUUCAUGACUGCAAAAUCGCAGAUAUUGUGGACACUGCCAUGCCCAUCACCAUCUGCAUAGCUUAUUUUAACAAUUGCCUGAAUCCCCUUUUUUAUGGCUUUCUGGGGAAAAAAUUUAAAAAGUAUUUUCUCCAGCUUCUUAAAUAUAUUCCCCCGAAAGCCAAAUCCCACUCAAACCUAUCAACAAAGAUGAGCACGCUCUCCUACCGCCCCUCAGAUAACGUGAGCUCAUCCUCCAAGAAGCCUGUGCCCUGCUUUGAGGUUGAGUGACAUGUUCAAAACCUGUUGGUGAAGUGAAAGAAGGAGCCAAAGAAACAUUCCUGCACAGCACUUCACUACCAAAUGAGCAUUAGCUACUUUUCAGGAUGUAAGGAGAAGCUGGAUCAAUUGGACUGAACGGGCUUGUCUACAGCUCUGAACAAAAGCUUUCCUUUUCUUUUGCAACAAAACAAAGCAGAGCCAUAUUUUGCAUUAAAUAAAUGAUGGCUGCUCAAAGAAUGAUGACAGAAACUGGACAAAUGUGUUGAUUUCAGAAAUGUUGCUGGCGGAAAUGCAGUCUCCCCAGUCUGCUCUUGUUCUAUUAUUUUUGAUUUCUAUAUAAAGGUAUUUAGAGGAUGUGACAUCUACAGAGGAGCAACAGGAGAUCACAGUUCAGGAUUGUUCUUUCUGCCCAAUUUCCAAGGGGCGAUGAAGCUUUUAUGCCUGUUUAGCCAUUAGCAACUGUGACCCACUUGUACCUGCUCCAGUGCAUUUUGUGCAAAGAUUUGCUAAGCAGCAGUUGUCAAGUUUCAGAACCUUUUGUGAAAUUCAACCAGAGUCAUAAAGAUUCACACUGCCAAAAUAAUGGUGGCAGAAUGGCUUCUUGCAAAAUGGUGUUACUAAAGUUACGUGUAAGAGUUAAAUACUCUCAAAGGUGUCACUCUAGUCCCAGGGAGUUGUGUUCUCCUGGUCAUAUUAGUCUUAUUUCAUAUCUGAUAACUGUAUAUAGUUUAUAGUAAAAAGAUUAUAUAUCGUAAAGUAUGCCAAGCUGUUUCAACGAAAUAUAUAUUUUACAUACAUAUCUAUAUGUAUCAAUGUCAUUAAACUGUUGUUACUUGAUUCAAAUCUAGCAAAACUCUAUUUACCUUAAAUAAAAUAAUUGUAUUGUAAUGUAUUUAAUCCUCAUUACUUCAAAUAGAUGUUGAUUUAUUUUUAAAAUAAGAUAACUGUUAAUAAAUAUGAACAUAGUUUCUGUUAAAUUCUGGUCCAACUGAUAAUUUAAUUCUGUUGGUUCUAGAUUCUGUAUUCUGCCAUUGAAAAGAUAAAGAAAAACAUUUUUGCUCAAUUGUACAACAGGGAAUAAACACGUCAUUCUGAAUUUUCCAAAAUUUUUUACUUAACAGAAAAAUUAUUAUUUCUUUUUUUUUUUUUUUUUUGACAGGCAGAGUGGACAGUGAGAGAGAGAGAGACAGGGAGAAAGGUCUUCCUUUUUGCCGUUGGUUCACCCUCCAAUGGCCGCCACGGUAGGCGUGCUACGGCCGGCGCACCACGCUGUUCCGAUGGCAGGAGCCAGGUGUUUAUCCUGGUCUCCCAUGGGGUGCAGGGCCCAAAAACUUGGGCCAUCCUCCACUGCACUCCCUGGCCACAGCAGAAAGCUGGCCUGGAAGAGGGGCAACCGGGACAGGAUCGGUGCCCCGACCGGGACUAGAACCCGGUGUGCUGGCGCCGCAAGGCGGAGGAUUAGCCUACUGAGCCACGGCGCCGGCCCGAAAAAUUAUUAUUUCUUAAAAACUAAAAUAGAUUGUUUUAGACAUAAUUUAAGUAAUGGAAUUUUUCUAAUUAUACACAUGAGCAUUGUAGGAAAUUUAGAUUUAGAAAAGCAUAAAAAAUUAGUCAUGUUUAGUUUCCCACUCAAAAUUGAUCACUUUAACAUUUGAGUACAUUUCCUUUUAUUUUUUCUGUUUCAAUUCUGUGUAUUUACAUACAAAAUUAUGACAUUGAAGUCAUAAUAUGUACAGUACUUUGUAUAAAGAUUUUCCCUUAGUGUCAUAGCAUAGUAGUUUCCUACCCCAUUACUUGUUUUCCUAAGCCAUUUCAAUAUGUAUAUAAUAUUUCAAAAUAUAGAUCAUUUUGAUAUAGUUAGCUAGUCAUGAUGUUUGACCAUUUAAGUUGUUUAUGAUUUUUCAAUAUCAUGGAUUACACUGAGAUGAACAUUCAA